AUUGUUUAGAAAAUUAUGCUAAAACAAACAACUGUAGCUCAAACGGAGGAAGAAGAACAAACACCAGCACAGGAUGAAAAUGAACCACCAUUUGGAUCUUUAGAGUGGAUUCAUUAUUGGUGUGAAUUCGAGGGUGGCCUACCAACUCCAAUAGAUGUUUCCAUCACUGGUUCCUUGAAGUAUUGGUGUCCGGAACUAGUUUGGUAUAAUUUUGACGUAUAUCCUCAUAAAGUGAAACUGACAAAUACUGGAUACACAGUUCUGCUCGGAGCAAAAUGGAAAGCGGAGAGGCCAUUCCUGGUUGGCGGUCCCUUUCUAGAGAAGCAUGUAUUUUCACAAAUACACUUUCAUUGGGGAUCGAAUAUGAUGGAAGGGAGUGAGCACUCAGUUGAUAAAAGAAUUUAUCCCGGAGAAAUGCAGGCGACGUUCUUCAAGUCUGAAUAUAUGACUCAAGAAGAAGCUCUACGACAUCCGGACGGAGUUGUAUUCAUAUGUUACAUUAUAAAGUACGGAAUAAAUCCGGAUGAACGACUUCAGUGGAUUUUAGAAGGGUUUCCAAGAAUUCAAGAAAGUCAAACGAGCACACGUAUCGGUCCUUAUCCUUUGUCGCGCCUUGUUCCGAUGUUCUUUGAAGAUUAUUUCCUGUACUGGGGAAGUUUGUCUUCUGUUAAAGGAGAAAAAUUCAUCGUAAGAUGGUUGGUUCCGCGGAUAACUUUGCAUGCUUCUUUGGAACAGAUGAAAGAAUUUCGGAAGCUGUGGAAUCCUUGGGAUGAGCCAAAUUUACGUAAUUUCAGACCUCUGCAAGAGAGACAAGACCGCCAUGUAUUUUUCCUGAGUCCGCAUUGGAGUCAAUAUAAUUCAUUGCUACCAGUACCUAGGAUAGCAGAUCCUUCCAUUAGUAUAUUAUCAACGGCAUAUGAAAAGCACCCUUGGAUGUUGCCACCGCAAAAUGCUAACUUGCUUACACAAGAAAAUGAAAAUAAAGACGUUAAUAUUGACCAGAAAUAA